AUGCCACAGCAUAUUCCACGCAGUGCUGUAUCCGCCUUGUUCCUCAGCACAGACUCUUUCAAUCCACUGCCGCCGGGAUCACUUGGCCCAAAAGGCCAAGUCCCCGGACAAUUCCUGGAAGGCCUUCAAAAUGUCGAGGAAAUUCGGGACCUAUACUUUUCAAGCAUCCACCGAUGGCUUCCAAUGAUAAGCAAGGCACGACUCACGCAAGCUUCCAAUGAUCCGCAGCUGAAGUAUGAUGGCACGACUGUCUUACUACUGACAUGUAUGAAAUUGGUGACCACAACACCUCAUCGAAACAAGGCUUUCGAAUUGCCACUGUACCAGUUGGCCAAACAAUUCUACUUCUGCGUGGAGACGGCUGGCUCAAUAUGCAUCCCACUUUUGCAAUCCUCUGUUCUCAUCGCAGUCUACGAAUUCUCCCAGGGCCUUUACCCGGCCGCAUAUCUGACUAUCGCUCAGGCGGCUCGGCAUGGGACCAUGAUGGGACUUCAUUACCGAGGGAAAGCUGCGCGGAUGUUCCACGAAGCAGAGACGUGGACACAGCGCGAAGAAGAACGAAGGACUUGGUGGGCUGUUCUUCUCGUUGAUCGUUACCUCCAUGCCGGAACCUACGGGUUUCCAAUCAUUACAUGCGAUCCAGUCAAAGAAAAUUUCCUGCCUUGCGACGAUGCAAGUUGGGAUACCGGUCUUCUUGGUUUGAACGAAUCGUUUCUUUCCUCGACACCUUCAAGGUCAUUGAAAGGUGGCCAGUUCGGCACUCUUUGUCGGACCUGCCAUAUCUUCGGCCGAGUUGUUCGACACAAGUACGACGACAUCUUGGAGAUUCCAGACAAAUUGAAUGAGGCCAUUCAACUCAACCGAGCCAUCAUCGCGCUGGAGUCGACCUUUGAAGAUCCCACGACUGGUUGUGAAUUUAAAGACUGCGACGUUUGCCGAGCGCUCUGCUAUAGUGCGCGAAUGAUACUCUACAAUAUGUAUGCAUACAAUCAACGGUAUAACGGCACAGAUAUUCAGAAGGCUUCGAUUGAGGGCAUGGCCACCAUAGGAUUGUCUGUUGCGAGAAUGGCUGGCCGUGUCCAAGAGGCUGUCAUGACGAACAUUGGAGCAGUGAGCCCAUUGAUAUGUCAUUGUCUCUAUCAAGCCGCAGGGCGUUGUGCGCGGUCUCUGCGCGAAAACUGCCAGUCAGGGAUGAAGAUGGCCCUGACAACUAUCAUCGAUACGUUUAGCAUGCUACGAGAUAGAUGGAGAAUAUGUGAUGACUACUUGAAGCUUCUCGAGGUCGAGGAUGGUAUCAUGGUGGAAAGUUGA